ACUUUUAUUAGUUAUUAGUUUCCGCUUUUGAAAAAACAUAUGGGGUAGUCCAGUCGUAAAAGAAAUGCGCAAUAUCAUAUCGGUUAUUGGGUGAUCUAUCGGAUCAUUUGCUUGCUAACAACAUGCAUGUUGAUACACUUUCAGAUUAUCUCUGUCCGAUAGAACGGGAUCCAUAUCCUCAAAACUACAAGAUUGAUCAUCAUUUAUGAAAAAAAAAACAGUUGCACCUUAAGCACCGCCUACACAUUUUCAAUCGGAAGGAUUGUGGCGCGCUCGAACUGACAAAUCCUCCGUUGUGGUGAAAUUGCUUCCGUCGACGUGAUGUCCGACUGUUUUCAUAAACAGUCAAGAUAAAAGCCGAACAGGCAGAGCAUUUACAGUAAGUUAGUUCGCGUGAAACUUUGCUUCGCAACAGGCGAACUUCAGAUUGGUGCUUCGAAGUCAAUAUUAAUGAUCCAUUGUGAUCCAUUCAAGACAAUUUCGUGCAGUGUAAACUCAUGAGUGGCGUGAGUUACCGGAGUUACCUGAUUUUAAAAACACAUGAUCGCUCAAUUCUAGUUUUUCAAAACAAACGUGGUGGCGGUUGCCAUUUUUUCAUCCACAAACAGUUCAAAAGUAGUAGUUUUCACAAAAAGUUAUCGUUCGCAUAAAGUUAUAUGCCUGCAAGCCAAAUAGAAUGCCUCGUCGCCAAAAUAGACCCCCAACCCGCAAUCCGCGAGGACUUGGCGCAGCACCACGGAACGACUCUCCCGACAGAAGUGCACGCGCUUCGGCAUCUUGCAACCAAAGGCGAUCGCUGUCGGAAUCGAAUCUUCCCCGUUCAGCUGCUGCUGAAACGCCGCAAGCUGGAAGAUCAAGGGCAGCCUCCGCGGUAAGAGGAACCAAGGUCCUGAACGAGAUACGGCAUCUGCAGCGGAGCACCGGUUUGUUGAUUCCCAAGCUGCCCUUUGGACGGGUCAUCCGAGAGGUCAUGCUAGAAUACAACGGGCGCCAUCUGCGAAUCACAUAUGAUGCCCUGAUGGCCAUCCAGGAAGCGGCGGAGAUGUACCUGGUGAUGCUUUUCGAGGACUGCCAAAAGCUGGCCCUGCAUCGACAGCGGGUCACGAUUACCAAACGGGACAUGGACCUGGCGCUUUACUUCCGGCUUUGACCGGGCAUGGAGAAUAGACGUUGUGC